UCUCAAAGCCAUUUUUCCAGCAUGCUGUUCGGUUCGGAAAGCGGAAGCACCUCCAUCUCCCGGUUCUCCCCAUCUCCCGGUUCUCCCCAUCUCCCGGUUCUCCCCAUCUCCCGGUUCUCCCCAUCUCCCGGUUCUCCCCAUCUCCCGGUUCUCCCCAUCUCCCGGUUCUCCCCCCAUCUCCCGGUUCUCCCCAUCUCCCGGUUCUCCCCAUCUCCCGGUUCUCCCCAUCUCCCGGUUCUCCCCAUCUCCCGGUUCUCCCCAUCUCCCGGUUCUCCCCAUCUCCCGGUUCUCCCCAUCUCCCGGUUCUCCCCAUCUCCCGGUUCUCCUCCAUCUCCCGGUUCUCCCCAUCUCCCGGUUCUCCCCAUCUCCCGGUUCUCCCAUCUCCCGGUUCUCCCCAUCUCCCGGUUCUCCCCAUCUCCCGGUUCUCCCCAUCUCCCGGUUCUCCCCAUCUCCCGGUUCUCCCCAUCUCCCGGUUCUCCCCAUCUCCCGGUUCUCCCCAUCUCCCGGUUCUCCCCAUCUCCCGGUUCUCCCCAUCUCCCGGUUCUCCCAUCUCCCGGUUCUCCCCAUCUCCCGGUUCUCCCCAUCUCCCGGUUCUCCCCAUCUCCCGGUUCUCCCCAUCUCCCGGUUCUCCCCAUCUCCCGGUUCUCCCCAUCUCCCGGUUCUCCCCAUCUCCCGGUUCUCCCCAUCUCCCGGUUCUCCCCAUCUCCCGGUUCUCCCCAUCUCCCGGUUCUCCCCAUCUCCCGGUUCUCCCCAUCUCCCGGUUCUCCCCAUCUCCCGGUUCUCCCCAUCUCCCGGUUCUCCCCAUCUCCCGGUUCUCCCCAUCUCCCGGUUCUCCCCAUCUCCCGGUUCUCCCCAUCUCCCGGUUCUCCCCAUCUCCCGGUUCUCCCCAUCUCCCGGUUCUCCCCAUCUCCCGGUUCUCCCCAUCUCCCGGUUCUCCCCAUCUCCCGGUUCUCCCCAUCUCCCGGUUCUCCCCAUCUCCCGGUUCUCCCCAUCUCCCGGUUCUCCCCAUCUCCCGGUUCUCCCCAUCUCCCGGUUCUCCCCAUCUCCCGGUUCUCCCCAUCUCCCGGUCUCCCCAUCUCCCGGUUCUCCCCAUCUCCCGGUUCUCCCCAUCUCCCGGUUCUCCCAUCUCCCGGUUCUCCCCAUCUCCCGGUUCUCCCCAUCUCCCGGUUCUCCCCAUCUCCCGGUUCUCCCCAUCUCCCGGUUCUCCCCAUCUCCCGGUUCUCCCCAUCUCCCGGUUCUCCCCAUCUCCCGGUUCUCCCCAUCUCCCGGUUCUCCCCAUCUCCCGGUUCUCCCCAUCUCCCGGUUCUCCCCAUCUCCCGGUUCUCCCCAUCUCCCGGUUCUCCCCAUCUCCCGGUUCUCCCCAUCUCCCGGUUCUCCCCAUCUCCCGGUUCUCCCCAUCUCCCGGUUCUCCCCAUCUCCCGGUUCUCCCCAUCUCCCGGUUCUCCCCAUCUCCCGGUUCUCCCCAUCUCCCGGUUCUCCCCAUCUCCCGGUUCUCCCCAUCUCCCGGUUCUCCCCAUCUCCCGGUUCUCCCCAUCUCCCGGUUCUCUCCAUCUCCCGGUUCUCCCCAUCUCCCGGUUCUCCCCAUCUCCCGGUUCUCCCCAUCUCCCGGUUCUCUCCCAUCUCCCGGUUCUCCCCAUCUCCCGGUUCUCCCCAUCUCCCGGUUCUCCCCAUCUCCCGGUUCUCCCCAUCUCCCGGUUCUCCCCAUCUCCCGGUUCUCCCCAUCUCCCGGUUCUCCCCAUCUCCCGGUUCUCCCCAUCUCCCGGUUCUCCCCAUCUCCCGGUUCUCCCCAUCUCCCGGUUCUCCCCAUCUCCCGGUUCUCCCCAUCUCCCGGUUCUCCCCAUCUCCCGGUUCUCCCCAUCUCCCGGUUCUCCCCAUCUCCCGGUUCUCCCCAUCUCCCGGUUCUCCCCAUCUCCCGGUUCUCCCCAUCUCCCGGUUCUCCCCAUCUCCCGGUUCUCCCCAUCUCCCGGUUCUCCCCAUCUCCCGGUUCUCCCCAUCUCCCGGUUCUCCCCAUCUCCCGGUUCUCCCCAUCUCCCGGUUCUCCCCAUCUCCCGGUUCUCCCCAUCUCCCGGUUCUCCCCAUCUCCCGGUUCUCCCCAUCUCCCGGUUCUCCCCAUCUCCGUUCUCCCGGUUCUCCCCAUCUCCCGGUUCUCCCCAUCUCCCGGUUCUCCCCAUCUCCCGGUUCUCCCCAUCUCCCGGUUCUCCCCAUCUCCCGGUUCUCCCCAUCUCCCGGUUCACGAGUGCGCUGCUGCUGCUGGCGCUGA